AUGAAGAUUGAUAGUAAACCACUUCGAUACGCUCAUGCUGAGGGUCACACAGAUGUAUGCUAUACUGAGGAUGGAAAACACAUAAUUACUUGUGGUCACGACGGAGAUGUUAGAAUUUGGCUGGAUAUAGAAGAUGACGAUCCAAAUUCCCACUGUGUUGGUGAAAGUGCUUUGUCCGUUUGCUUCAAAGAUGGCAGGCUGUAUGUUGCCACUGACAAUCAUGCAGUACAAGCAUACACAUUCCCGGCAUUUGAUAAAGAUGGGAUAAUAACCAGGUUUACAGCACCGGUCACUCAAAUUAUGUCUAAACCUAAAAUAGAAGCACUGGGUUGUUCUUCUGAGAAUAUGGAAGCUAAAAUUUGCAGUUUGGAAGGUGGAGCCCCAUUAUUUGUAAUGUCUGAACACAAAGGCCCAGUACUUAGUAUAGCAAUAUGUCCGAACAUGAAGCAUGCUUGUACAGCAUCAGGUGAUGGGUUUAUGAGGGUCUGGGAUAUUGAUACGCAGAAAGUUGUGAAGGAACUCUCCUGUGUACCCAAGAUAAAUACUUUCUAUUCAGCUAAAGUGCUUUGCAGAAUGGAUUUUGAGCCACAAGAAGGUAAAUCCUUAGCUUAUCCAAAUAACAGAGAGAUCAUUAUAUUGGAUUGUGAAUCAUGGAAUCAGAGAGUGGCAUUCACACAUAGUACAAUUAAAUGUGCUAUCUCACAAUGCCUAUACUCUCCGUCUGGUCAAUAUUUGGCGGGUAGUACAGUGGCUGGUCAGAUAGCUGUGUGGGAGGUUGAGUCUGGAGCCUGUAUAGACAUCAUUGAACAUCCCACAUCACAUAACGUGUCUUCUAUGACUUGGAAUCCUAAAGAUAAUGGUGUUUUGGUGUACUGUGAUGUUGCCGGUCAAAUGGGUAUGUUGCUCAACUGUUAUGGGAAGGAUAGCAACAAAAUCACUGAUGAAAAUACAGAUGUGGAGAUGGUCGAAAGAGAUGACGAAAAUGACUUGGAUAAUUUAAUAGAGAAUUAUGAAAGUGAUGAUGAUAAUGCUAUAUCCUUGGAGAGAAUCAAGAAUCAGACUUUAAAGACGGUUGAUCAGGACGAUUCCAGGCCUGUGUCAAGAGCUACUGUUGUACCACAGAGUACUGCUGCACAACCAGCGUUUCAACCAUCCUCAACACCUGUACAUUUAGAACAUAGGUACAUGUGUUGGAACGAUAUCGGUAUAGUCAGAUGUCAUACAGCAGAGAACGGCGAGUCUACUAUAGAUGUGGAAUUUCAUGACUCAAAUUUACAUCACGGCAUACAUUUAAACAAUUAUUUGAAUCACACUAUGGCUAGUUUGUCCGCCAAUGUUCUGGUAUUAGCGUGUGAGACUCCAAGGUAUCGAAUAUUUGUUUGUAGCAAGCUGGUGUGUAUAUCGCUAGCCGGCAGCAGUCGUGAGUGGAGCGUUUGUAUGACGGACACAGAGGAGGUGGUGUGCGUGGGCGCGGGCGGGGUGGUCGCGUGUUGUACCAACGCCAGGCUGUUAAGGCUGUAUACACCACUGGGGACGCAGAGACAGGUGAUAUGUCUCUCGGGGCCGCCUGUGACGCUCGCGUGCUACAACACUACAGUCGCUGCCGUGUACCACAGGACAGAUCCCGGGGUCACUGACCAGCAUCUCGCUAUGGACAUCAUAGCACUUAAUGGUCGUCAGGUCCGCAGUAAGACAGUACCACUUCCUCUAUCAUCGGGGUCCAAGUUAUCCUGGCUGGGCAUGUCAGACGCGGGGUCCCCAUGUGCCCACGACUCCGCUGGGGUCCUACGUCUCUAUGACGUCACUAGCGCCCUCUGGAUACCGAUAUGCGACACUAGUCAUCAUUCUAAGGGGGUUUCGGACUCGUGGUUUAUUGUAUCGGUCAGUGAACCGACACAGAAAGUUCGAGCAAUAUUAUGUAGAGGUGCCUCAUUCCCGUUGACCGUACCGAAACCAAUCAUCGCUGAAUUACCGAUACAGAUACCGUUAUGUGAGUUAGAUACAGAAAAGGCACAAUACGAGGAGCAGUUGGUGCGAUGGGCGCAUAUGACGUCAGAUGUUGACAUCAAAACAGCCAGAGAGACUGCCUUGAAGUUGUUUGCUUUGGCGUGUCGCAGUGAGAUAGAGCAAAGGGCGUUGGAACUAAUGGAAUUAUUGAGAGACGAUCGUCUGUUACCUCUCGCCGCGAAAUACGCGUCGCGGUUAGGGCGGAUACAUCUGGCUGAGAAAUUAACUAGUCUCGCUGAAACAUGGGAGAGUGACGCGAGUAAGGUCAAUGACACACAAAUGACGCACUUCACGGAGUUGGAUACACAGGAGACUUAUGACGUCACAGAACAACACGAAGAUCUGAACGCGAGCUUAAUAAUACCACAGAAAACAACGAAGAAGAAAGAAGCGGAGACUGUGUUGAAACCUGUUCCAAUCAAAUCAUCGCCGGGCGGCGCCAGGAAUCCAUUUAAGAAACAUCAAGAUAACAAGCCUAGCCAAAGUCCUCUCAGCCUCACAGAACGAACGCUGGUCGAAGUACAUCAACCACAAACGGAUGACACCGAAAAUAAUGACUCACUAAAACCGGCAGACGGCGAGACGUUCGUAGAGUGGUUUUCAAGGAACAAGUCGAUAUUAGAAAAACAGAAUCCUGAACUAACACCCGCGGAAUUAACACGACACUGUGUGAGGACGUUCAAGAGUUCGCAAAACAAAGUGGUAGAAAAUGGUCAGAAGAGAAAAUUGGGUGAAGAUGAUGAGACUCCGGCCACUAGCGCGCCAAAACAGUCCAAAUUAAGCGCAUUUGCAUUCUCCAAAAAGACUUGA